UUGAAUCUCUCUCUCUCUCUCUCUGUGAACUGCACGCUCCAUUUAUAGAAAAACAAAGUUUCUCUUUGGGAAUUUCUCUGUACAGCCAUGAAAACCAUAACAGAGAUCAGGGACUCUCGAUUUCUCGGAAGCAUAUCCACUUCUUCCAUACGCAAUCUGCUUCCUAGAUCCAUGUCUACGAAGAGCCCUAAAAAGACCAAAUCCAACAAUGAAAACACUCCUCCAGUUGAUCCAAACAUCCAGGUCAACAACGGCAGUGAUGAGUUUACGAAGCUAUAUUCGCAGUCCAAAUCGUUGACCACCGAGAGACAGAUCGCUUCAUCUAAAACCCAACCUGAAGUAGUAGCGCCUGUGGACCUAUCUAUCCAGAAAGAGAUAGCAGACUCAGGUAAUCACUGUGAAGUAACCGAGCAUUCAGAUCCGGCAGUGGAGGUUGUAGUGAGAAUUAAACCUGUAAACGAGAUGAACCAGGCAGUCAAGAAGGUUUCUUCAGAUACACUAUCUGUUGGCGAUCGGAAGUUUACUUUUGAUUCAGUUCUUGACUCAUGUUCCAAUCAGGAACAUGUCUUUCAGUUAGUUGGAGUUCCUUUGGUUAAAAACUCUUUAGCUGGUUACAACACCGCAGUACUGUCAUAUGGACAGACUGGAAGCGGAAAAACCUAUACAAUGUGGGGCCCCCCAAGUGCCAUGGUUGAGGAUCCUUCACCUGGUAGCCUCCAGGGCAUUGUUCCUCGCAUCUUCCAAAUGCUUUUCUCCGAGAUUCAUCAAGAGCAAGAUAACUCUGAAGGGAAACAGAUAAACUAUCAGUGCCGUUGUUCCUUUCUUGAGAUAUAUAAUGAGCAAAUUGGAGAUUUACUUGAUCAAACUCAGAGGAAUCUUGAGAUAAGGGAUGAUCCGAAGAAUGGUUUAUAUGUUGAGAACUUGACCGAGGAAUAUGUGACUAGCUAUGAGGAUGUGACUCAAAUUUUGAUAAAGGGACUUUCAAGCAGAAAAGUUGGAGCAACCAGCCUCAAUUCAAAAAGUUCGCGCUCCCAUAUUGUAUUUACUUUCAUCAUUGAGUCUUGGUGCAAGGAAACCUCAUCAAAAUGCUUUAGUAGUUCAAGGACAAGCAGGAUCACUCUCGUUGAUCUAGCAGGACCAGACAGGAAUAAACUUGAAGAAGCAGGUAGACAAUGUGUAAAGGAAGGCAAAAAUGUGAAGAAGUCCGUAUCACAGCUUGGCCACUUGGUACAUGCUCUCACAAAUGGACUCUACACUGGAAAUUCUAAAGAUACUCUCUACAGAGACUCCCGUCUCACAAAUGGACUCUACACUGGAAAUUCUAAAGAUACUCUCUACAGAGACUCCCGUCUAACACAUCUACUGCGAGAACCGCUUGGUGGGAAUGCAAAACUCACACUUAUCUGUACCAUCUCCCCAGAGAACAAAAAUAUUGGCGAAACACUCAGCACUCUCAGAUUUGGACAAAAAGUUAGAUUGAUAAAAAAUGAUCCAGUAGUAAAUGAGAUCUCAGAGGAUGAUGUCAAUGACUUGAGUGAUCAGAUUCGUCAGCUCAAGGAGGAGCUUAUAAGGGCAAAAUCUGAUGCGCAUUCAAUUAGGACUAACAAUGGAUACUUCAGAGGGCGAAAUGUACGGGAAAGCCUUAAUCAAUUGAGAGUUAGUCUUAACCGCUCUUUAAUCUUACCAUGUAUAGAUAAGGAUGACAAGGAAGAGGUAAAUGUUGAUGAGGAUGAUGUACGGGAGCUUCGUGAAGAGAUUGAUAAGUUGCAUAGUUCUUGUGAAGAGAAUUUAAGAGAUCCAUCUGGCAUCAGAGAUUCAGUCCAGUCUUCUUUUGUGAGUGCAAGCUGCUGUGAGGCUGAAUUAAUGAGUGAAGAUGAAGUCUGCAUGGAAGACACUGAAAUUGAGGAAGUUGGUUUGGAGAAACCGCAACAAGAACAUCACAAGGAUAUUACUGGUUCAGCAGACGAAUCAAAUAACUCAAAAAUAUCAAGUGCCAUUGAUCAUUCAUUCAGAAAUAGCAUUUCAAUCAGCACUUGCCGUCAGUCUCCACUCCUCCAAGAGCCAACCUUUUCAGAGUCUCCUAAAAUUGGAAAUAAGCAAAGGAAAAGCAUGGCUUUUUUACCAACAUCUUUGGCCAGUCAGAACAAUGUGUCAGAGAGCUCAAGCUUCAACUCGGAUGCGCUACAACAGUCAUUCAGACAAAGUGAACACAUCCGUUCCUCUUUGCGUUCAAGCAAGAUAUUUCCUGGUGCUACCGAAUCUUUGGCUGCCAGUCUUCACAGAGGUUUGCAGAUAAUUGACCAUCAUCAGAGGAACUUGGCAACAGACACAUCUUCUGUUUCCUUUUCGUUUGAGCACUUGGCACUCAAACCUUGUCCAGAAGUUGACAAAGCCAAUUCUUCUAUUCAAACAUUACAAGAAGAGCUAUCAACUGGAUCAUCUUCUUCUUUACUUUGUUCAUCGUGCCGACAGAAGCUUAAUAAUGACAAUUCUAAUGAGGUACAAGAUAGCUUAAAGACAUGGAUUGUACCAAUUGAUAAAGCAGGGAAUUUGACUAAAGAAGCAGAGAGUGAUUUGGUGGAAGCUAUUAACAGAAAGGAGCUUGAAAAUAUAUGCACAGAGCAAGCAGCCAAAAUUGAGCAGCUAACUCAACUGUUGGAAGAAUACAAAGAUGGGAGAGAACAUGAAAUAGUACCAUUCGAGGAGCCUAGAAAUCUGAGGGACCAUACUUCAAGAGAUGGAAACAAACUUCUGGAGCACAGUGCAGGAGAACAUGAGCCUGAGGUUAUAAAGGAAAAAUGCGAAAUAAACGAAGUUCAGAAAUCGCGUAAUACCACAUACUUUGAUGUAAAUGAGAGAGAAGAGCUUCUUAAAGAAAUUGAAACUUUAAAAAGCAAGUUGCAGUCAAAUGUUGCUUGUUCUCCAAACAAGUCCACUGACAAGUUGAAGUCCUCUUUGUUGUCACAAUCCAUUCAACUCCGAAAAAGUAUAGAUUGCCGUAACAACACUGAAGAAGAGCUUGAGAAGGAAAGACAAAGGUGGACAGAAAUGGAAAGUGAAUGGAUAUGUUUAACUGAUGAACUAAGAAUUGACAUUGAAACUCACCGAAGACAUGCAGAGAAGGUGGAGAUGGAAUUGAAGUUGGAGAAGAAGUGCACUGAAGAGUUAGAUGAUGCACUUCACAGAGCUGUCCUUGGUCAUGCUAGAUUUGUUGAACACUACACGGAGCUUCAGGAAAAAUAUAAUGACUUGGCUGGGAAGCACCGAGCAAUCAUGGAAGGAAUUGCGGAGGUGAAAAGGGCAGCUAUCAAGGCAGGUGCAAAAGGUCAUGGCUCCCGUUUUGCCAAAUCUCUUGCUGCUGAACUUUCUGUACUUAGAGUGGAGAGGGAGAGAGAAAGAGAGUUCUUGAAAAGGGAGAACAAGAGUCUCAAGAUUCAGCUUAGGGACACUGCCGAAGCUGUACAUGCUGCUGGAGAAUUGCUUGUUAGGUUGAGAGAAGCCGAGCAGGCAGCCUCAGCUGCUGAGGAAAACUUCAGCACGGUUCGGGAAGAAAACGAGAAGUUGAAGAAGCAAAUUGAGAAGGUGAAGAGAAAACACAAGAUGGAGAUGGUCACCAUGAAGCAAUACCUUGCUGAGAGCAGGUUGCCAGAAUCUGCACUGAAACCGCUCUAUCGGGAGGAUUCCGAUAUCAGAAAUAACAGCACGAUCCCAGAUGAUGACCAGGCAUGGAGAGCUGAGUUUGGAGCAACAUAUCAGGAACAUUACUAUUGAUCAAGGAGCAUGCAUCAGAUCCUACUUUUGUCCUUGCAAUACAUGUGUCAUAUACAAUUCAUUUAGACUAUUGACUGGGCGCUGUUUGAUCAAUGAGCAUGCAUCAGAACAUUACUAUUGACUUGACACUGUUUGAUCAAUGAGCAUGCAUCAGAUCUUACUUGGGUCCUAGCAAUACAUAUAUGUGGUACACAAUUCAUUUAGACUUCUUAUUGUUUUAUUCAUUUUCAUCAGUUUCUUCUGUAUUCUUUAAGUGUGUUAUAUAAAUGAAG